GAGGGACUCGAAGAGCUGGUAGGCCCAUUGACUAAAAUCUUUAGGGCAAGCAUAGCUCUGAGACAUGUCCCGCAAGCAUGGAGAGCCACUAGAGUGGUCUUCAUACCUAAGCCUGGCAGAAAUGGACACAUUAAAGCCAAGGAUUAUAGACCCAUCAGUUUGACCUCUUUUCUAUUAAAGACCUUGGAGAGGCUAAUUGAUAGGUUUCUCAAGGAUGGACCAUUAGCGGACCACCCUCUAGCCAGUGCUCAGUAUGCCUACAGGGAGGGCAGGUCUACGGAAACUGCCCUACACCACCUGAUAGGCAAGAUAGAGACGCAGCUGGAGGCGAAAGGAUACGCUAUUGGAACCUUCUUGGACAUCGUAGGGGCGUUUGAUAGCACCUCGAACAAGGCCAUUAAGGAAGCAAUGAUUGCACAUGGGGUCCCGGAACCGCUAGUAGACUGGGUGGAGAAUAUGCUGGCGGGGAGGAACCUAACAGUCACGCAAAGUAAUAUUAGUAUCACUGGUAGACCAAGCAAGGGGUGCCCGCAGGGUGGGGUUCUGUCCCCUCUGUUGUGGUGCCUAGUAGUCAAUGACCUUUUGGUGAAACUACAAAAGAAGGGGUUCCUGACCUGUGGCUAUGCGGAUGACGUAGCUAUAGUGAUCACAGGAUCCUUCUUAGAUACCCUAAGGGACCGCAUGAAAGAUGCCUUAAAGAUCGUCCAAAAAUGGUGUGAGGCCAAGGGAUUGAUGGUUAAUCCAUCAAAGACCAAUAUAAUGGUCUUCACUAGGACAUACAAACCAGAACCCAUUGAGCCUCUUAAGCUCUGGGGAAAGGUAAUCCCCUUUACAACCUCAGUUAAAUACUUGGGACUACAUAUAGAUACCAAACUUAACUGGAAAGUACACCUUGCAGAGAGCAGGAAAAAAUUCUACACAUGCAUGUGGAUGUGUAGAAGAGCCAUGGGAAAGUCUUGGGGCAUCAAAGCUCCCAUAGCACUAUGGUUGUACAAAGCGGUACUGUUACCGAGACUACUUUAUGCAUCUGUGAUCUGGUGGCCCAGAACAGAGAAAGUGGAAGCAAAGAACCUUCUGAAAAGCCUACAAGGUAGUUACCUAAGGGCUGCAGUAAGGGCUAUGAGGACUACCCCCACAGAGGCGCUAGAAAUUGCACUCUGUGUGCCUCCACUGGACCUGGCCGUGGUAAACUCAGCAAGGAACACAGCAUACAGACUAAAGUGUCAGGGAGAAUGGAGAAAUACAGGACUGGGACACACAAGGCUCGACCUGCUCCAGAAACACCCUUUCACUUCAAAACAAGAUAGAAUUCUUAAAAAAUACCAGUUGGUAAAGCACUUCAAAACACGAAUACCAACUAGAAAAGACUGGACUGACCUGAAGGGAGUCGGGGAUCCCAAUGUGGACCUAUGGUUCACUGAUGGGUCAGGCAUUAAUGAUUGCUUCGGGGCAGGAUUCUACGGGCCGAAGGAGAACCACAGGGAAAGUAUUCCUUGCACGGAAUACCUGCUAAACAAAGAUACGAAGGGAAAGAAGAUAAACAUCUGCUCGGAUAGUAGAGCAGCCAUACAAGCGCUGGCAAAAACAACUACUGAAUCAGCAUUGGUUUGGGAUUGCAUGCUAGCAUUAGAAAGACUAUGCGGACCUAACAAAGUCACGUUAGUAUGGGUGCCUGGGCAUCAGGGAAUACCCGGGAAUGAAACCGCAGACAUGCUGGCCAAGAAGGGAGCUAAUGAAGCACCAAUUGGCCAGGUGACGGGAAUACCCUUUGCAGUAGGCAAAGAAAUCAUCAAAGGUCGCCUGAAAAGGGAACACCUGGCCAGAUGGGAGAAGUUAAAAACCUGCCGUCAGGCCAGGACUUUGAUGAAAGACAGCAGACCAGGUAGGGCUAAAGAACUACUGGCGCUAAGUAAACAGAAACUGAGAAUGGCGUUGGGACUGCUCACUGGUCACUCUGCCUUACUCAGAGCACACCUUUUUAGUCUCGGGCUUGCGGAGCAAAAGGCAUGUCGCCUUUGCGGAGACGAGAAAGAAGACAACAAGGAUGUCGCUCAAUUAAAGUUGUGGAUUAAUUUAAAGCAAGCUCAGAGAGAAGCCUUAACGAAAAAAAAGCAAUCACAUUUGGCAAUUGGUGGAGAACCACCACAAGUAAAAAUUGAUACUGACCUUGAUGCUGCCAAUAUAGCACCACAUCUUAUGAAGACUGCGCCUGUUUUAUUUACAUCCAAUAUGUCUGACACCCAAAUUAUUGAAAAACGAGAGAUUGUAUUUGACCUGAUAUCUGCUAAUCAAACUAUAGAAAUAUCAGAAUCAGACAAGGAAGAUUGUAUUAGCGACAAAAAAUGGUGCCUGUACAUUAAUAUGAAGCAGUGUAAGCAAUGGCUUAGCUCCGGUAAACAAGCGACACCGCGCGUGAAACAAGAUCUUCAUCUGCGUAAAACGAUGUUGUGCAUAUGGUGGGACUUGGAAGAGAUUAUCCAUUACGAAUUGCUUGAACGGAACCAAACGGUCAACGCGGAACUUUAUGUUCAACAAAUGGAACGACUCAACACGGUUAUUCAAGAGAAAAGACCUAAUCGGCAGCAUGGAGUUCUUCAGCCAUGCGUUUGA